CGUCGCCUCUAUCUUUUCCUCUAUUUAUAGCCUUUCCCUGGAAUAUUGCAACAACACUCAUCUCUCCUUUCUUUUUUCUCCUCAAUUAUACUAAUUCCUCGGCCUCUUCCAUUUUUUUCUCUCUUAUAUAUACACAACUAAAUUCCCUCUUUCAAUUCCUCCCCCCAUUUCAAUUUUACUUCCCUAUAGCCACAAAACAAUCACAAACAUCUCAUAUCUCAAUGGCUAUCUCCAACAAACUUGCUUUGGUUCUUUUCAUCUCCUCGCUUUUCGUCUCUGCAUCUUUUGGGGAGCUUGUGUGCGAGGAAUUGUCUGUGGAUGUUUGUGCAUUCUCGAUAGCCUCAUCGGGGAAGAGAUGUUUGUUGGAGACAUCAGAGACGAAAGAAGGCAAAUUUGAAUAUCAAUGCAGGACUUCUGAGGUUGUGGUUGAAUGGAUGGCUGAUUACAUUGAGACCGAUCAGUGCAUCGACGCUUGUGGCCUCGACCGCAACUCCGUCGGUAUCGCCUCCGACGCCCUCCUCGAGCCUCAAUUCACCGCCAAGCUCUGUUCCCCCGCCUGCUACCAGAAAUGCCCCAACAUUGUCGAUCUUUACUUUAACAUGGCCGCAGGAGAGGGAGUAUUCUUGCCUGACCUUUGUGAGAGACAACGCACGAACCCCCACCGCGCCAUGGUAGAGCUGUUGAGCUCCGGUGCUGCGGCAGGUCCCGUGUCAUCGGCGGAUGUCAACGCAGUCUUCCCAGCAGCUGAUGCCCCGGCUCCCAUGUGAAAACGAAGUUGAUUAUUUAUUAUUUGGUUGGUGAUUGUUUUUUUAAUUAUUGUUAAUUUCCUCGUAUACGCACACAGAAGAGGAAAUAAAUAGAAUAGUAAAGGUUGUAAGGGAAAAAAAUGAGUUGAAUUUCUUUGAAAUUCACUUUUAUUUUGAUAUCACAAUACGUGAGACGUGUGUACGUCUUUUCCCAUUUUUCUUCUUUUCAGUGUUCCCCAUAUACAGUGAAUUGGCAUAAUAAAGAAAGCAUUGUUUAUUUA